AUGCUUAUAAUCGAAUAUCUAGGACCCGACCCAGAUGAUGAACUUGACGCCGGUUAUACAGGUGGUGAUGGUGCCUUCCACCUAGAAGGAGGCACUGCAGAACUGACACCCAUCGAUCCGGUCUUCAAAGUCUAUCAUGACUGUGACGAUGGAAUCAAGCCUGGUUCACGCAAAGUCAAAUUCUACCUUCCUAAGAGCUACAUUACUGAAGGCAAGAAAGCAAAGAAAGUUUUUGAUAUUGGAGAAUUGAACUUGGAAACGAUUUUCCCGGGAGAGGAACGUGAGAUGAUUGUUUCGCGUAGAAGACGUGACCGAACGUUCCGUGAAUUUCUCUUCGACGACAACUACGACGAUUAA